CGCAAAAAGAAAAAGAAGCCUCUCCUUCUUGGCCUAGCUUUCAAGCUAGAGAGAGCGAGCGUGGACAGAGAGAGAGAGACGAUUUGUGUUGGUUCCUAGGAGAGGCUCGAGCGUUCCGUGGGUUGAGGUGCUGGGAGGUUCAUCAAGGCCAAUCCGGUUGAACUCGACUUGGUCUCUAUAACUCUGCUGAAUUAGAUUCCUAGGACAGAGGGCAUUUCACUCAGAAGUCACAGGCAGGGUCACCCACGGAGAGAUGGAUGUGAAGGUGUCUAUAAAUGACCAGGAGAUCUGGAAGCAGAGAAGGCGGCGAUUGGAGGCGUUAAUCGAGGCCGGCUGGGGCCAGCAACAGCACGAUCCUGCACAACCUGACAAGUUUAUAAGUCCUCUGCUGUACCAGGCCGCGAAGGAAGGGGGCGUCGACAAGUUAAUCAAAGCCCUAGAGGAUCAUUGUGUCAUGGAAGAAGUGUCGUUGCCCAUCCUUCUCGGGCUACGCAGCCCCUCCAAGAAUACAUUGCUUCACGCUGCGGCAGAGAGUGAUGAUAUUGUCAGAGCAGUCAUCGAUUUCGUCCCUGAGAACUUGAUCUCAUGUAAGAACUCCAGACGAGAGACACCGCUACACAUUGCAGCUAGAGCUGGGAAAUCCGGUGCGGUAAAGCUUCUCCUUCCCCAAGGGAAGCCAAGAUGCAUUGACCGCACCGGCAACUCCGCUCUUCAUGAGGCCGUGAGGAAUCGUCAUUACGAGGUGAUCCGCAUGCUGGUGAGUGAAGAUCCCAAUCCACUGUAUCGUCAGAACAAGGAAAGCAAGUCUCCAUGGUGCAUAGCUGUCGAAACAGGCGACGUGGAGGUUCUCAAGAUCUUGUUGGAAGCGCCAAACGAUGGCGAAGACCAAAGGAGAUCAGAGAGUCAAAGGGUUUUCGGCAUGUCACCUGUUCAUCUCGCCAUUGUGUACCAGAAAACGGAUAUGCUGAGAGAGAUGUGGAAAAAGAAGCCGUGGCUAUUUCAAUUGAAAGAUGCAGGAUCCGGCACUCCACUCCACUUUGCAGCGUACACGAAUUAUCUCGAUGGAGUCAAGUUCUUGAUCGAGAAGCUCCCAACAAGCGCCCUAGAGCAAGACAACAAGGACGGCUAUCUUCCUAUCCAUGUUGCUUGCAUGAUGAAUCAUGUAAGGAUCGUCAAGGAGCUACUUCGGCAAUGGCCAGACCCCGCAGAGUUUCCAGCUAGGCUAGGACAAAAUAUUCAGCUAGGCACGGAAGCAUUGCAACGGUGACGUACAUACUGAAAAGUCCCAAAUUCGGUCACCUCAUAAAUGCGAGAGAUUUCAACGGGAAUACACCUCUGCAUCUGGCUGCGUUGCACUGCCAACCUUCGGUAGUGCUUCUUGCACGACAUAGAAGAGUUGAUCUUAAGCUGGUAAACAUGAAUAACAUGACGGCUCUUGACGUGGUAGAGCAGGAGAUUAAAGUGGUUGAUGCUCCACUUCGGGAGAGGUUAACACGGAUAAUUUUGGUAUCUGCCGGAAUACCAAGAAGUGGAGAAUUGGCUAUUUGCAAGCUAACUGGUCGGAGCCCAAGGAAACGACUGGAACCACCGGAAUUGGAUAGAUACAAGGACCAAGCUAAUACUCGCACUGUCGUGGCGGCGCUUGUGGCCUCUGUCACUUUCACUUCUGGUUUUUCCAUUCCUGGAGGAUUUAAUGGUUCUGACCUAAAUGCAGGAAUCCCCAUAUUGCUCCACAAAGCCAUGUACAAAGUCUUCGUGAUGUGCAACUCCAUCGCCAUGUAUAGCUCGAUCAUGGCAAUCGUGAUCCUCCUCUGGUCACAUGUUAACGAUCCUUACACGAUGCUAUUGGCCAUUCUCCUAUCAAAUGUCCCAUUGUUCGUCACUCUUGCUGCAAUGCCUCUGGCAUUCAUGGCGGGCGUCUACGUGACCAUAUCCAACCUCACUUGGCUAUCAAUUAUUUUCUUGGUCUUGGGAUCCAUCGCCCUCUUCAUCACCUUGGGUCUCUUCAUUUUGCUGUAUCUGCCGCUUGGGUGCAGACAUCCUCUCAUCCGUGGCUUCACUGAUAGAAUUAUUUUUGUGGGCCUUUUGAUAGCGAGGAGGGAGGCUGCAGGGAGUAGGACUGCGGGACGCGCAGCUACAUCCUCCACCGCCGCUUGAAUGGAUGAUAUAAACCUAUAUGUUCCAGAAAGAUGGCGUCUGAUCCAGCCUCGAAUUUACUAUCUUCUCGCUAAUUAUGUAUCGAUUUCCGUACCUUUGGCUCCUUCUUAGUUCAUUAGUUGCUGCUGUUUCGAUUUAGUGAUCCGAAAUAUUUUGUCAUUAGCUACUCAAUGAUAUCCAUAAACAAUAGCAAAAGAGUUCAGUAA